AUGCCUCCACGUAAAUCAACAAGACGCAAUCCUCCCACACCAACUCCACCUACUCCUCAAUUUGAUACAGCAGCUCUAAAUGCUGCUAUAGCUGCGGCUGUGGCUACAGCCAUGGCUGAAUAUCAUUCCUCAAGUUCCACUGGAGGAGGGACUCCUGUUCCGACUAUUCAGGUUGAAACCCCUGUGCGCUCGAGAGAGUGCUCCUAUAAAGACUUCACAAACUGCAAGCCAUUGUCCUUUAGGGGAACUGGCGGAGUCAUUGUACUCUCACAAUGGUUCGAGAAGACAGAAUCGGUCUUUGAAAUCUGCUCGUGCCCGGAGAGAAGCAAGGUCAAGUUUGCCGCUUGCACCUUCGAAUCAAAAGCCCUAACAUGGUGGAAUAGCCAUGUUAAGUCACUAUCUCUAGUGGUGGCAAAUGAUAUGGGCUGGGGCACCAUGAAAGACCUCAUGAUUGAGGAGUACUGCCCGAGAGGCGAGAUCCAAAAGCUGGAGGAAGAACUUUGGCGCCUAACCAUGAAGGGCUCCGACAUCGUCGCAUAUACCGCCAGGUUCUGUGAACUGGUGGCCCUCUGUCCCAACAUGAUUCAUACAGAGGGAAAGAAGAUCGAGAGAUAUAUAUGGGGGCUGGUGCCACCAUACCAGGGAAAUGUAUUGUCAUCACGCCCCACUACAUUUGAUAGUGCCAAGCGAUUGGCACAGCAGCUAAUUGACCACGGGGUCCGUACCCCGGCUGCAACAACCACCCUGGCCAUCUCAGAAACCGCCAGAACUGCAGAGUCCAAGCGGAAAUUCUGGGAUGACAAGAAAAAGAAGAAGGCUGCCAAGAAACAGCAGAUCGUGGCAGUUCAUAGUGCGACAACACCUGCCACUGCUGCUGCUCCAUUAAAGCAGUAUUCUGGAAGUUUGCCACUAUGCAACAAGUGUAACUACCACCAUGUGGGAGCCUGUCGGGAAAUGCAGUGUGUAAACUGCAACAGGAAGGGGCACACAGCCCGUUUCUUCAAAUCUCCGGUGAGGCCAAUCACCCAAGUCCCCGACGCUGGAGUGGGCCAAGCUUGCUACAAUUGUGGCGAUGUGGGCCACUACAAAAGGAACUGCCCCAAGGCAGGGACUGCCGGUGGAGUAGGAAGAGUUCUGGCUAUAGGUCAUGAGGAGGCGGUUGCCGACCCCACAGUGGUCACUGGUACGUUUCUCCUCGACAACUCUUAUGCUUGUAUACUAUUUGAUAGUGGAGCGGAGAGGAGCUUCGUGAACCAAAAAUUUGCUCAUUUACUUAAGAAAAAAUCACGAGCACUCAAAGAACCGUUCACAGUAGAAAUGGCUAAUGGGAAGACAGAGAGCACUAGCUGCAUAUUCAUAGGGUGUACCUUAAACUUAGAUAGCCAUUCAUUCUCGAUCGAUCUCAUGUUGUCCGCCUUAAUCUUUCGUCUGGCGAAACCCUAG